GGUCCUUUGGUGCGAAAAUGGAAGACUCUCUGGAAGAUUUACUGGAGCAGCAUGGUGGCGACUGCGGCGACGAGGAUCAACCAUCGGCCCCCGAAGCCAAGUUUCGCUCCAGUCGGAUGAACAUCCAGAGAAGUAGCGUGUGCUCUCGGGCUUAUUUCGUGGUAGUCAUGGUCUUCUUCCAUGUGUACAUCCUGAAUGUGAUCGGCCUGCUGCUGUAUGUGCACUAUAACAACGGGCCCGGGGAACUUGUCAGUGAAGACGGAGCCCCCUCAGCCUCAAUCAGCGACAGAGGAGCCGCUUUGCCCCAUCCUGACCCCGCUGCAAGCGAUCUGCACGUGGAGGACUACAGUCAGAGUGUCGGUCUCCCUCGCAUUGAGGGGAUACGGGUGGGUCAUGUUCAGCAGGUGUCCCUCCUGCCAGACCGAACACAUGAGAUGAGGACGAUGAGCCUGAAACCUCUGCUGUUUGAGAUCCCUGGCUUCCUGUCAGAGGAGGAGUGCCGUGUGGUGGUGCAGCUGGCUCAGCUCAAGGGUCUGAUGGAGAGCCAGACAACAACACCCAGCAAGGAACAAGAGGAGUCCAACCAGCCUCUACUUUCUCUCAGCACAGACGAGGUCUUCAGUCUGUUGGACCUAAACCAGGAUGGGCUGCUGCAGCAUGAGGAGAUUGUGAGUCACUCGCGCUCUCAGGAUGGAACUUGGUUGAACCCAGAUAAUUUACGGCAGAUACUCACCGGACUGGAAGCCUGCCCUACAGGCACGCUGACCUUGGAGGACUUUAGGCUUGUUUAUGAUGUGUCCCAGCGCCCCGGGCAACAGCAAAGCGCGAAGUCCCGGAGUCAGUUCAAACAGAGAAACAAAAAUACGUGGCUUUACCAAGGCCCGGGUUCCCACCAUGUGCUGCAGAGCCUCAGGAACAGACUAAUCAGUCUGACACGGCUGCCUUCCACAUUGGUCGGGCUGAGUGAACCUCUGCAGGUGAUUCGCUAUGAGAACGGAGACUUCAGUAAUGCCCACCAUGACAGCAGCCCUCCUCAAUCAGAGACCACCUGCACACACACACGGAUGGCGGGGAACAAAUCUGCUCUCACAGAGGUCUCUUGCCGGUAUCUUACCAUGUUGUUCUACCUCAGCUCUGUAGAAGAAGGUGGGGAAACCACCUUUCCUGUGGCAGACAACCGUACCUAUGAAGAGCAGGCACUGGUACAAGAUGGAGUUGAUUUGACUGACACUAAGGAGACAUGUGGCAGAGGGAACAUAAGAAUGAAGCCUUCUGUCGGCACUGCUCUCCUCUGGUACAACCAUCUCUCUGACGGCAGAGGUUGGAUGGGUGAGCUGGAUGAGUAUUCCCUGCAUGGCGAAUGCCCAGUCAGGCGUGGUGUGAAGUGGACGGCUAACAGCUGGGUAAAUGUGGACCCAGAUCACCAGCAGCAGGCCCGUUACCAGAGACUAGUUGCUAAAAGACAACAAGCUAAGUCAGGCAUGGAGGAGCAUUACCAACCUCUCUCACACAGUGACCUCCACCAGGAUCUAUAGCCUGGCCUUUUAAAGACCAAACAAAGCAACAAUAAUUUUAAAAUGGAGUCGGUUUUGCAUCUUUGAAGCCAGUGAGGCCUGACAGAUCUUUUUAUAAUGUCGGAUGCUGUAGUCAAAAUGGAAAUUGCACAAAAUAGCAUCCCAGAUAUCUUCUCCUUCCAGGGAAUCUGUCUUGCUUUAGAUCAUGUCUCUCAACCCACCACUUGAAUAUCCACAUCACCUUACACAUAAGCAAAUUCCAUGACAUUAUUAAGUUUGGUGAAUUUAUAUAUAUAUAUACAAUAUAGAUUUGAUACAGAAUUGUGGUAUGCAGAAAAGACUGUUUUGCACAAUUCAUUUAAAAUACAAAAGGGACAACACACUUUUUUUUUUUUUUAAAUGUUCUGCCAUCCUCUCUAAGAUCGCGCCUUAAAUCAAAUAUCACUAAUUCACAAUAGCGUAUAUAUGGGUACCGUGACAUGGUAUCAUUCAUGUCUAAGAGAUAAGCCUGAUUACCUGCCUUCCUUUUAGGUUUACUAGGCAAACUGCCCCUGUUGCAGGUCAGUUUGAUUUACUAUUAACGAAUUGAAGCCUAUUGUUAAAAGCCAUAUCACAAUAUUUAUCUGUGAAUGUGUUCCUGAGGGAAAUCUUUGUGAGAUAAUUUACGUCUGUUCUGUUCUUCAGUUUCAAGAGUAAAUGAUCUUCUAUCGUGAAUGUUAUUUAUGAGAGUUUGCCACAUAGACUGUUUUUGACUGGACAUUGUUUGUCACACUGGCUGUGGGAGGCAAGUCUUUCUGGUGUGAUUUAAACUUAAGGUCUUUCAUAUUCAGACUAUUGUUUUUCUUAUCCACAUAACUCAAAAAUAUUUAUUUAUUUGUGAUUUAUUUAUUUGAGUUUUAUUUAUUAAUGCCAUUUGGUGGUUUAAGUUAAAGUAUGCAUAUUUAUUACAGCUUGAUGUUGCACUGAACCUUUGACUGUAUUUGACUGUAUUUGUUCUACAUUAUCAAACAUAUAAAGCAAUGUUUUAUUAA